GCCGCGCACCGCCAAAUCUAUCGCUUCCGCAUCGCCAUCUCGUCUCUGCAAACCGUCGCCAUGUCCGCCACCGCGCCCUCCAACGCCUGGCUGCGCGCUCAGCGCAAGAGCGACCUCGUCGAUUUGGCCGAGAGUGUCGGCCUCCAGAACUACGAUGGUCUCAAAAAGUCGGAGCUCGAAACCGCUCUCGAUGAGUUCAUUGCGGGGAACAGCAGCCGCUUCAACAGCCGAUCUGAUCUGUCGGGCUACUUCAACAGCCGGUCCAAGGCGAUGGGCUCUCCCGUCAAGCGAGAGUCCAAAGAGCCCAUCAAGGAAGAGCUGGAGAAGGGCAUCAAGACGAUCAAGCGGAGGGCGACCAAGGCUGCCGAGGAUCUGAUUAAUACAGAUGCUGAAGACGUCCGCGCCGCCUCAACUGCCCUCAUCCAGACUCCCGCUCGCAGCCUGUCGCAAGUUGCCUCGCGCAUCUCACUGCCUGCGACCCCGGCCGACGUAGCCAACGCUGUCGACCGCUCAACGAUUGCCGUGCGCCGCCGUGUCUCGUCCAUCUACCAGGAGAGUGGCAUUGGCGAGACUUCCAACGCUGCUCGAGAGACUCUCAGCAGCGUCACCAGCAUUCUCCUCUGCGUCUCCGCGUUCGAACUCUGGUAUAUUCGACCCGAGAUCCUAGCUAACCGCUACGCAUUCACCGUCCCUGCCAUUGGCUUCCUCGGCACGUCUGACCAUCCCGUGUACCUGCCCGACAUGUUCCUCCUGCUCACCGCGAGCUUUUGGUCACCCGCUCUCACUUGGGCCUUUACCAGCUUUAUUUUGCCCAGCCUGCUUGGCUACUUUUUCAACCUCAGCUCUGCCAGCGGCUCUCAGGGCCCCAAGACGCGCUCUCGGGCUAGCACUCCGGAGACUGCUGUUGAUCCCUUGACCUACAGCAUUGUCAAGGCACUUGUCUCAUUCGUCGUCUAUGGCCAAGGCGUCACUUUUUGCGGUCUCCUCUCUGAGACAGCUAUUGAUCGGCUUGACGGAGCCGUGUACGGAGGCUACAAGGGCAUGCUGACCGGAGCUGCCAUUACCGGAUUGCUUAGCAUCUACGAUGCGGUCCUGAAGAAAUAAAUGGGCAAAGAAGAAACUUGCUAUUGUGGAAUGAGACUUCCACAGCCCUGAACAAUGUCGGGGUACUAUGCGAUUUGGCAUAGUGGCGUAACAAAGGAAGGAAGGGAGAGCGGCGUUUCAGGUGUUAGACGGCGUCAAAGCGCAACUCUAACUAAUGCUGCCUUUUUUCUUGCCUUGGCUAUCCUUUUUUUGUUUCUGAUUUGCCUGGACUUUCUUCGAUACCAUGCUCUUUUGCGCGGUUUUGGAAACUUGCUAGCUUGGAAUGCUAGUAAACUUACUUGGGGAGGAAAUUGGCUUUUUUUUUCUCUCUCUCUCAUUUAAGCCAGAAGCUACCUCUUUUAUCGUUGCUUUUCCCCCAUCUUAUUGCCUUCAUUCUUCUGAAUCUUAUUCGAGGAUGAUACUAUGCAGCUCUGACUCACCUUUGGGCUGUGGAAGAGGCAUUCCAAAAUCAUCAUUAUUAUUUUGCAACGUUUUUGAAGCUAGGGGUGUUUCUGCCAUUUUGGUUUGCGACGGUUCAUGAUUUUCAGUUACCUGGGCUUUUAAGGAAGAGGGGAGCAAGGUUUUUUUGGUGUAUCUUAUUUAUCCUUUAUUUGCGUUUGAAAUGGGUGGGAUUGGCGAUUCUUCGCUGGAGGACAGGGAAACUUGGUAUUUUGUACGCAGUACAAGAAUUGGGCCACGAGUUAUAUGAAAAAUGCUUCUUUUUUUAAAUACGUAUAUUUAUAUCCAAGAGCGCUCCAUGCCUGAAUGCUUAUUCAUGAAACCUCUAUAUCUAUAUGCACAAGCCAUGUAUUGGCUGAAUCCCAAAUGUCUAUCCUCAUACCAAAAAGAACGUAAAUAAUCCAUCUUCUCUCGCCUGACCAGUUCCCACAGGAUAUAGAAAAAACAGUUACUGUGUUGACCUUACAUGUUCCGUUCAAAAUAACAGAAUCAAAGCCGUCAUUCUCAACUUGUGUGAUAUAUAUUGGCG